UCUCCAUCUGUUCUGGUCUGUAGCUCCGCCUCCGCUCUGGAUUUAUGGUUAUUGCAGCAGCCGCAGUCAGUCAGUAGUGUACUACCGCACGCGCUCUCACAGCGCAGACCGGACCAGCAUGACCGAGACUCAGCCCGAACCCACUCCAGACGCCGCGGAGGCGCACGGGCCGGAGGCGAAGCAGGAGAACGGCGACUGCACAGAGAAGGCGCCGCGGGAGUUCGAGCCCCCGGAGGGCGGCUGGGGCUGGGUGGUGAUGCUGGCCUCGAUGUGGUGCAACGGCUCGGUGUUCGGCAUCCAGAACGCGUUCGGCAUCUUGUUCGUGUCUCUGCUGAAAGAGUUCGGCUCCGAGUCAGACGAAGACCUGCGCUUCAAAACAGCAUGGGUCGGCUCGCUCUCAAUGGGUAUGAUCUUCUUCUUCUCACCGAUCGUCAGUGUGUUCACCGAUCUGUUUGGCUGCCGGAUUACAGCAGUUGGAGGGGCAGCAGUGGCGUUUGUGGGACUUCUGGGCAGUUCCUUCGUCACGUCUCUCGGGCCAAUGUACUUCACCUAUGGCAUAGUCUUUGCGUGUGGCUGCAGUUUUGCAUAUCAGCCGAGUCUGGUGAUCCUGGGUCACUAUUUCAAGCGGAGGCUGGGCCUGGUGAACGGCAUUGUGACGGCGGGCAGCAGCGUAUUCACCAUCACGCUCCCCUACAUGCUGACCGGCCUGCUGAAGCGCGUGGGACUCGCCUACACGCUGCGUGUGCUGAGCGUCUUCAUGUUCAUGCUCAUGCUGGCGGGAUUCACCUACAAACCCCUGCUGCCCAAACCCCUCAGCAGCAGCAAGUCGGGCAGCCGCUUUCCCUCGCUCAAGAGGGUGUUUAACAUGCACAUCUGGAGGUCUCUGGGAUACCGCAUAUGGGCCUUUGGGAUCCCUGCGGCCCUGUACGGAUACUUCGUGCCUUACGUUCAUCUGAUGAAACAUGUGGAGGAGCGUUUCGGUGCGGACGCUAAUAAAGAGGUUCUGCUCAUGUGUAUCGGCAUCACGUCUGGAGUGGGUCGUCUGAUCUUCGGGAGAGUGGCCGACUACGUCCCGGGAGUCAACAAAGUCUUCCUGCAGGUGUCCUCGUUCAUGGUGAUCGGGCUGAUGUCGAUGAUGAUUCCUCUGUGUCAUGUGUUCGGUGGACUCAUCGCGGUGUGUCUGCUCAUGGGCCUGUUUGACGGAUGCUUCAUCUGCAUCAUGGCUCCCAUUGCAUUCGAGCUGGUGGGCUCCCAGAACGUGUCGCAAGCCAUCGGCUUCCUCCUGGGCAUGAUGUCCGUCCCCAUGACCGUCGGGCCUCCCAUCGCAGGGUUCCUCAGAGACCGUUUGGGCAGCUAUGACGUGGCGUUUUACCUGGCAGGCAUUCCUCCGAUCAUCGGGGGGGCCGUGCUGUGUCUGAUCCCGUGGGUGGAGGCACGGAGGAAGAGGAAGGAGGCGCAGACAGCGGCAGACACCACCGAGAAGAUGCUGGAGAGCAAGAGCGGUGCGCGGGACGGUGCAGACGGAGAGGUGAAGGCUCAGGACCCCGAGUCCGUCAUCUGAGAGCCGUGAAGGUUUACAGCGGAGAGACUGACGUGUGUGUGUGUGUGUGUGUUCAAUCCCUGCAGGAAAAUGCGGAACAGGCAUAAAAAAGGGCUUCUCCGCAAAUGUGAUUUUUGAGCUAUGCAUCUUUCAGAACGUUUCCUUGAAUAUUUUUGUACUGAGUUUCUAGGCUUUAAAAGGGAAAGGUUAGACAAUCAUUGGAUAAGAAGGGAAGAUGUUUGCUGGUGAAGCCCUGAGAGAAGAUGCAUGGGAUUUUAUUUUAACCAGCUUAUGUUUGCUGCACUCUUAGAAUCUAGCUAUGAAUUGUUUUAUGUCAGACUAUAUGAAGUCACUUGUAUGAUUGUUUUAAAGGGGAACGAUGCAUUCAUUUUCUCCUGAGCGUGGAAAAUUCCAAACACGUUUUAGCAAAUGCACAUUUUAGCCACGAGUGUUUAUUAGAGGAAACGUCACUGCAUGGCGACAUAUGCAGUUAUCUAAGAUGUAUUGACUGAGAAGUAGCAGCUGAGGAAACAUUAAUGCUGCUUUAAUGUGUAGAGCAGUCGAUGCUGUGCCAGAGUUCUCAGUGAGAGUAGUAUUGAGCGGUGUAGUAUUUUAUGGUGUCUGUGUUUGACGAGGAACGUUUACAGGAUGAUUUUCAUGUGUUCCAGCCGCAUCAGCGCAGACAUCAGUGUUUGACAUAAACUGGGAUUGUUUUCUGUUUUAAAGAAUGUGUCGCAUUGGUUGGUUAGCCACACACACACACACACACACACACACACACACACACACACGCACACACACACACAC